GGUUUCUGAAUGUGAAACUUUCAUGCAUGGUUCUUGAAAUCGCAACCUAAAGGUUCUUGCAUGUCAAGAUGCUUGGACAAAUGCCCUACUUGCCAACAUUUCAGUUUCUUGUUUUCUUCUGUACAGCACAACGAGGCUGAAUACACGUCUAAAAGCAAUACGCAUGCCCACAGCGGAUUCAACAUGGUGGUGCGAGUCGAAUGUGGAAAAAAGGAAUAGGCAAGGAGUAAUCUGCGAUGUUAAAGUAUUCCUUGCACUUAGAGGAUAUACCAUGUAACAGCCCAUUCAUAGAUGCUGGAAGAUAUGAGGAUAGGUUAUGACGAGCUUUUUGUUGUUGGAUGUUUUGUGUAAUACAAUUUCAAAUAUCACACAACCGUGUUGAGUUUGCCAACAAUAAUAUUGGUUGCCAACAGAACACAGCUCAGGGGCCUUGAAUGAAACGUAAAUUAACCAUUUCACGUAAUUAUUAAACCAAAAUGUGAACAAAUAUCGUUGGUAUUGAAAUCAGACAGACCUCUUCAUCUACAACCCCCGGAUUUUCAGAAUUGAACUCGUCGCUGAUUUUUGCACUCAAAUAUUUUCCUGCUGCAAAGACGUUGCAUGGAAGAAAAUAUAUAUAUGUAUGGUAUAAUAUACUUUUUGAUCGAUAAUAAAAAUGGAUCAAGAACUUCAAGCUAAACGUUUUGUUGAAACUUUGAUGUCAGACUUCAAACUUAUACACAACGAAUCGAAGAAAAAGUUCCCAGCAGUUAAAGAGGCCAUAGAAGGGGGCAUUCUACGUUUGCGUAUGGUCUCAAGCCAACAUGUCAACGUUUACAAAGUCUUGUCCGAAAGCAAUGAUAUUUUUCGCCCUCUGUUGCUUGCAUGCGAUACAAAGACACCAAAGAUUGCUUCUACAGCAUUGACUUCAAUCCAAAGACUGGCAUCCAGCAGUGCAAUUGGAGAGGGAUAUGCUCCAAGUAUUGUCAAUCAAUUGUGGGAGCUGUCAAAUGCAGGAGUUGAAGAACUUAGAGUGUUGCAGACAAUUUUGAUUUUAAUCACAACUUCUCCUGCAGUUCAGAAGGAUUCUCUUGCAAAAACAGUGGUUAUUUGUUUUCACCUGUACUUCAGCUCUGAUUCAACGAUUAGCAGUACAGCUGCUGCAACAAUAAGGCAAAGCAUAGCGGUGAUUUUGGACAGGAUGGUUGAAGAAGAUAAAAUUGUCAAAGAUAGUCCUGCAGAGGUUGGUGCAGCAUAUCACAGCAAGUGUCCCAGAACUCUGUAUCCACAAGCUCAAGACGCAUACCUGCUUUUCCAGGAUUUAUGUCAAAUUACAAGCGGCGACUCUCCAUACUGGCUAGUUGGAAUCAAGGAAAUGACUCGAACAUUUGGCUUGGAGUUGUUAGAAUCCGUCCUUAAACAUUACCCAAAUGCUUUCCUUCAGCAUCCAGAAUUCUGUUACCUUUUGAAAGAAAGGGUCUGCCCGUUAAUAAUCAAGCUGUUCUCACCAAACAUCAAAUUCAAACAGGGUGGCACAGGCCAGGCAACAGUGGUGGAAAAACCUGUUUUUCCUGUUUCAAUGAGGCUUUUGCGAAUCGUUUCUAUACUAAUCAAACAGUUUUAUACACUUUUGGUUACUGAAUGCGAAAUUUUUCUUUCACUCUUGGUGAAAUUCCUCGACGCGGACAAACCAUUUUGGCAACGUGCAUUGGCGCUAGAAGUCCUUCAUUCUCUUUGCGUACAGCCACAGCUGUUGAGAUCCUUUUGUCAAUUUUACGACUUACAAGAACAUUCUACCAAAGUUUUCCACGAAAUCUGUCUCGCUUUGGAAAUCUUCAUUCAAUCAAUGUUCAGCAAAGAGGCAGCAAAUCUCACAGCCAGCUCACUGAUGUCUACCCAGCAGUCAUCAACCAAUCAAAAUACAGCAUUUCAUUCUUCUUCUAACACAUCAGACAAGAUGACGCAGCAACCUGGCUUCUCUUACAAAGGAGUCUGGAUCCCAAUUGGCAGUAUUCCUCCAUCGGGAAUUUCUAAACCUGUGUACUUGGAACAACUCGAUUUCAAAGGAGAUAUAGCUGCUGUUUCGGAGACCUACGCCAUGUCAAUAUCUGUCGCGUGUGCACUUGAAAUAGCGCGGGCGAUUGAUGUGUUAGUCCAUUCGUCUGGCAACAAACGACCCAGCAAAAGUUUCAUUGAAUCUUGUAAAGACCCUGGUCCCGACAGCAAAGAUAAGACUGGAGUGGGAUCUGAAGCUAUGAAAGACAGGGAUGACGUUUCUAUCCAGUCAAAUGAUGAAGAAAACAUUGUGUGGAAAGAGAUGGUAAAAUCUUCUUGGGAUAGUCUUCAGUCGACGUUGCAGUUGCUACUAGAGGCAAGCAUUGAUGAAACUAUCACAGAAAAUAUUCUCAAGGCUAUUCAAACAUACGCCAGUGUCAGUGGUCAGUUAAGUUUCACAUCAACCAGAGAUUCUUUUGUCUCUUGUCUCUGCAAAUCAGCCAUACCUGCGAGUUACCUAAUGAGUGUGAUGUCGUCAUCGAAAUUAGAUGCUGGCUCCAACCAGCAUUCGUCGCAUGCAGCUAUGUCGAGCUCGGCCUCAUCACAAACACUAUCUAACCACUCGACCAGUUCAGGGAUUGGAGUUUCUGCAAAUGGAAACAGAGAGCUGACUGCAAAGAACAUUCAAUGCAUGCGUGCUAUUUUGAGCCUUGCUCAUUGUCAUGGUGACGUACUUGGCACAGCAUGGUACAUGGUACUUCAAACCCUGCAGCAUCUCACUGUGAUUCUUGGCUUGAAAUUUUCGGCCAGUGGCUCACUAAAAGGGAUCCAAGCCAAUGAUCUUCCAUCACUGGUUAUGUCACAAUCAUUGAUGUCAGAACUACCAGUUUUAUCUGCUAUGUUAUCAAGAUUAUUCGAAAGCACAAAAUUUCUGGAUGAUGUUGCACUCCACCAUUUGGUCAACGCACUGUGUCGUCUGUCGUCUGAAGAAAUGGAACAUGCAUCUAAUAACAAGGACCCCUGCUUGUUUCCAGUGGCAAAGUUGCAAGAAACGCAAAUGGUUAAUUUGUCUCGAUUAAAAGUCCUUUGGAAGCCCCUCACUGCCCAUUUGCUUGAGGUAUCUCAACACACGCAUAGUAGAUUACGCGAAUGGGGUGCAGAUGCCCUGACUGGAUUGGUCAGAUCUGCAAUGACGUUCGAUUUUGAAAUGCCAAUCAAUGGAGACCUGGCUCUUCAACAGUUGAUAUUGCACCCGCUACAAGAGAUGGCAAAUAUCUCAUACACAGAUGUUAGGCAGCAGCAAUACGAGUGUGUUUUACAGUUACUGCAUGACAGUGCGCCAAACCUUGGUCCAGCAUGGCCUUUGAUGCUUCACAUAAUUGGGCUCGCUACAAACCAACAGAAUGAGACGAUAAUUAGACAAGGUUUCCAGAGUUUGCAACUUGUUGUGACGGACUAUUUACCCAUAAUGCCUUGUUGGUGUUUACAAAUUUUGAUCGAUGUUGUUGGGCAGUUUGGCCUCCAACCACAGGAGAUUAACAUCAGUUUGACUGCAGUUGGAUUACUGUGGAAUUUAUCAGAUUUCUUCUACCAAAACCGCACAGCGUUGAAACUGGAUUUAGCCAAUGCUUAUAAACAACACAACGAGUCUGAUGCAUCUGAUGAUGAAAAGGGAAUAUUAGCAAGUUUAAUACCAAGUCUACUUGACAAGACGACAACGCCGUUUGAUUCGCUAUGGAUGUGUCUGUUUAGCAAAUUGGGAGAUUUAUGCGUCGACCCGCGGCCAGCUGUGCGCAAAAGCGCGGGACAAACUUUAUUUUCAACGAUAAGCGCGCACGGUGGAUUACUUGAAAAUAGAACGUGGUACUCGGUGUUAUGGAAGGUACUGUUUCCUUUAUUGGAAAAAGUCAAGACUAUGUCGUCCACCGCUGCUGACGUUCCGCCUCCUAGUGAUGCUGCCUCGAAACCGGGUAACAUACUCAUUCAUCACUCGCGGGAUACUGCAGAAAAACAGUGGGCUGAAACGCGGGUUCUUACUCUCGCUGGCGUGUCUAGAGUAUUCAGCACGCGUAAAAAGAUGUUAAAGCAGCUGGACGAGUAUCCGCGUGCGUGGGCCUUGCUUCUUGAAAUGAUCGAAGCAGGAGCUCUUAGUAGGAACAACGAAGUAGCAUUAAACAGCUUGAAAAGUUUUCAGGAUAUUGCCCAUGAACAGGAACAGGCAGAGGAAAAACCACAGAAACAAACAAACCCUAAAAAAUCGAUUCUUUCCACACUUAAAAUCAAAACACUGCGAUUUCUAGAUACGGAUGACGAGGAUCAGGAUCUCUGGAUUCAAGCUUGGCGAGUCUGGCUGAGUAUAGGCCACAUAUCAAUGUCGGCUGGACAUAUUGUAUAUAAGACAAAAGACGAGUCAGGGAAUAUCAUUACAGAGACAAGAUAUCCAAAACAAGACUAUCUCACUGCGCUUCUGUGCGUUUUCCCGUCGCUGCUUGGGCGGAUUUAUAAGCGUUUUGGCAUGGGCGAUGUACAGCGGUUAUGUGAAGUUGUUCGUCGUGCUGUCGCUAUUCCUAUCCAUACGUCAUCUUCGCCAUUUUUAGUGCCAUCUUUUAAUGAGAACUGCCUGUCUUCGCUACAGCAAAUAGUUAUUUUUUCAUUGAAUGCUCUUAGAGAGCCUGUCACUCAAUUUGAUAACAAAUCAAUUCUAGAAAGCAGUAGCAAAUCGAUGUAUCCGGUAUUGUUUGAAACAUUGCUAGCUUUCGUUGAGUACAGUUGUUGUCCGCCGAAAAUUGAACCGGAGCCGAUUCCGAUCCGGAAUGUUAAAGACAAUAGGUCAUUGAAAAACAAACAGGGUGGUUGGUCUGUGAUGAACUAUGUUCCGUUCUCGGAGGAGAGUUUGAGAAUAAUUGUCGAUCUUUAUGAAGUUUCGCAUAAGGAAGAGGCGGUAAUCGAAGCGAGGGUACUUGAAGAGUUUAUCAAGGUUGUCCGUCUGCCUUUGAAGCUGAAGUACGCAUGCCCUUCACAGUCCACGUGGAACCUUGCUGUCGAAUCCUUCAUGAAAAUGAUUCGACUUGGAUUACCUGUACAUUUACAGUCUGAUAAUAAAGAAAGGAAUGAUUCCUCGUUAUGGAAGAAUCUUGCUGAUGCUUUAGAAGACUUUCUGUUUUCAAACAGCCCACCACCAGAGGGUCAUACUUUUGACCAACAUAAAGCCGAUGAGCAGCUUGAUAUAACUGUGGUGACGCUUAUUCGCGAUGAGAUCCUCGCGCAUGCUAACUCACUGCCAAAGGAAUUUAUCGACAGAUUAAUGAAAUUGCUUAACCGCGGCUCCAUACAUUCUGCUGCAUCAGGAAGCUUCGACGUUCUCUUUCCUUUUCUGCUAGGAGAUUCCUUGGUUUUUCCUGUUCGAGAGGAUUUCGCCAAGAUUUGUUUUCAGGCACUGCUGCAGUACUCAUUUGUGUCACAAAAAGAAGAAAGCACUUCGGGCUCAAUUUCAAAACUUGCCCUUUGCUCCUUGGUCCAAAGAUGCAAAGAUGUACUGUCCAAAUUCACCGAAGAUGAACGACUACAAGGCCAGUUCCCGCUUCCUAGGGCAAGAAUGGCUGAAAUGUCUUUCGCUAUCAAGGCAGUUAGCACGUUGAUGACGUCAUUGAAGAGAGCCAAUCAAAAUAUGCCGGAUGCAAUUGAAAGAAGCAUGUGGGAGGAAGUGAUCGCAAUAUACCCAACUCUACUCGACUGUGUGACCUGCAAUUCUACAGACGUGAGGUAUGCUUUAAAGGACGCUCUGAAGGAAUUUUCUGAUCUUUUGGCAGUUCCACGCAAGGUACUAGAACAAGACGAAUCCAGUAAUGCACAAGUGAAUAGUACCCAACCCAAUGAAUCUCAGCAGAAUAAUAGCGAAAAUAUAGCCUACAAUUAAUGUUAUUAAAUUUUAACGAGAAUUUCUCUGAGUAAACGUAUUAAUCAUGUAAUAGGAAAUUGUUUUAUUAUUGGCCUAAUAUAUACAGGUUUCAAAUUAUUGUUGUAAAGAGGCGCUCUAUCGUAUUGGCCUGGGCCUAAGACUCCUGCCAGAGUAGGUAGUUCUGAAGGCCCAUAUAAGCAUCGUUGUUAUGCAUUUAGGGGAGAGGGGGGGGGGGGGUCCUAGUCAACCACACGAAUAACUGGUGCGCUCAACGGGUUAUCGAGUGAAGACAUAUUUAUAUUGUUAAAAGUAAUAUCUUUAGAUAGUUUCUUUUUUGCUUUCUGAUUUUUAAAUGUCAAAAGAGAACUUAGGAGAGAAGAGGAACCAAAGCUUCCUCUUCCCAUUGCAUCUAUGGGAAUUAUAGAUUGACGUGUUUUCUGUCAAUCUCAACGCA